AUGAGUCUUCGAUUCACUAUAUUACUUCUAUUGUCAUCAUUUAUUUCUCGUUACCAAGCAUGGACCAUCCCACUUCCAGGUGGAGGAAAGAUCUCCUAUGAGGGUAGCGAUGGUUUGUUGCGGAUUCAAACGCAACCAUCACCACCAGGAUUGGAACAAAUGACCGAAGCAUUGACAAGUGCGAGUCAAAUCGAUCCACUGAUCGAGGCGUCAAUUGUAAUAAAAGAUACUGGUACUAUAAAAGGAUAUGGUGCCUAUUGGAUGGACGAGGAGCAAGGAGGAGUAGUAUUGCCCAAACAUACCUUUUUGGGGUUCUAUCAAGGCGAAGCACGGAACAGUUUGGACUCUAUCAAAAAUACCGAAUAUCUCAUGACAUUGGACGGUGGAAAUACAUAUGUGGAUGGCUACGAAAGAGCUCAAGAUCGAUCUGUAUUUUCACCAGUGCAUUUGAAUCAUGAAGACGCAUCCAAAGCGAACUGUGUGCGGAUGCUACUGACCUUCUUGAGCCAUGAUGAGAAUGGCAGUGACAACAAUAAUGGCCGAAUCAAGCAGUGUGCCUUCUUUACCAGUCGUGACAUUGCAUGUGGUGAAGAGCUGACAUUUGACUAUGGAUCAAACUAUUGGAGAGGUCGUGAAAGUGAAAAGAUAUGA